CUGUAAAACCCUAAUACUUUUGCAAAAAUCUCCAAAUGAAGACGGAAGAACGCUGCUUUUUUGUAUUGUGUUAAAUUUAUUAUAAAUAAUUAAUUUAAAUAGUAACAAAAUGGGUUCACGAUCCAGAAGUCCAUCACCUAAAAGGCGACAUCACAAAAGUAAACAUAAAAAACGCAGUAAAUCCAAAUACAGUAGUAAAAAAGAAAAUCGUGACCGUGAACGGGAACGUGAUAGGGAGCGUGAACACAAUCAUCAUAGAUCCAGUCGAAAACGUUCGUCAUCGACAUCAUCCAGUAGCUCAUACACAGACAGUGAUUCACAUAGCAGCAGUCACAGAAGCAGUCGUCACAAAAAGAGUCGUUACAAGAAAUUAGAUGAGGUGGAACGUUUGGCCGAAAUGGAAAGGCAGAGGAGACAAAAAGAAGCCGAGCAAAAGAUUAUCGAAGAGGAAGCCUCCAAACGCAUUGAAAUGCUUGUGAAAAAACGUGUAGAAGAAGAAUUGGAAAAGCGACGAGACGAAAUCGAACAGGAGGUGAAGCGUCGCGUUGAAGAAGCCAAAGCUGAAAUGGAACGUGAAAUGAUGUUAGAAUUAGAGAGAAGGCGUGAACAGAUACGCGAAGAAGAACGCCGCAGAGAGGAAGAGGAAAAGAAAAAACGCGAGGAGCUAGAAGAAAUUUUGGCUGAAAACAAUCGUAAAAUUGAAGAAGCCCAGCGAAAACUGGCUGAAGAACGUUUGGCCAUUAUCGAAGAACAACGACUGAUGGACGAGGAACGUCAGCGUAUGCGCAAAGAACAAGAGAAGCGCGUAAAAGAGGAACAAAAAGUCAUUUUAGGGAAAAACAAUUCACGACCAAAACUUUCAUUCUCACUAAAACCAGGAGCCUUAUGAGUUUCUUGGCUUUUAGUCCUCAUUUCUUAAGUUUAGUAGGCCAUUAUUACCAUUUGUAUUUAGUUUUCAUUUCUAAUGUUGUUUCAAACGUUUUAAGUUUCAUCUGUUUUCUUUUAUUAUUUUCUUCCUUUUUAUCUCUUUAGUUUCUAGGUUAAAAGUUUUCCAAACAGAUUUUAAAGAUUUGAUUUUUACAAAUCUUUAGUAGUAAGAAAAAAAAGUGAUGCCAACUCGAAAAAAAAACUUUCUUGGUUUUCCUUAAUAAAAAAUAUAAUUUACUUGAUUUUUUUUAAACCAAAAUCAAGUAAAUUAUUAUUAAACCUUUGCUAUAAACAACAACAAUAAUAAUUGUGGUGUUAAUUUAUUAGUUAUUCAGUCUGAAAAAAACAGCAUUAGUAAUCAUCAAUUGUGUUUAUUUUCAUGGAAAAUGGCUAACAGAACAAAACAAAAUUCUAUAAUGCGAAACUUAAAACUUUUCGUUUCAUCAACGCAAAAUAAAAAAAAAAUCUUUAUAUAUCAUUUAACAAGCAAACCAACCUAUAUUUAUAAAAUAUUGUAGCAAUCAGCAAUUUUUGAUAAUUUAAAACAAUAAAUACUAUAUUAAACAUUCGUUUUUCUAAAACAU